UAGUGCAGAGGCGCUCCCACUCGAGGUGAUUUUCCUUCAUGGAUUGGGAGAUACGGGGCAUGGAUGGGAAGAAGCCUUUGCACGUAUCAGAAGAUCACAUAUCAAAUAUAUCUGCCCACAUGCACCAGUUAUGCCUGUGACAUUAAAUAUGAACAUGGCCAUGACUUCUUGGUUUGAUAUUAUUGGGCUUUCACCAGAUUCACAGGAGGAUGAACCUGGAAUUAAACAUGCAGCAGAAUAUGUAAAAACUUUGAUAGACCAAGAGGUGAAGAAUGGCAUUCCUUCAGACAGAAUUAUUUUGGGAGGAUUUUCUCAGGGAGGAGCUUUAUCUUUAUACACUGCGCUGACCACACAGCAGAAACUGGCAGGUGUCACUGCGCUCAGUUGCUGGCUUCCACUUCGGUCUUCAUUUCCACAGGGUCCUAUCAGUGGUGUUAAUAGAGAUAUUUCUAUUCUUCAGUGCCAUGGAGAUUCUGAUCCUUUAGUUCCUCUAAUGUUUGGUUCUCUUACUGCUGAAAAGCUAAAAACAUUGGUAAAUCCAGCCAAUGUAACCUUCAAAGUCUAUGAAGGCAUGAUGCAUAGUUCAUGUCCACAGGAAAUGGUGGAUAUCAGGCAAUUCAUCGAUAAAAUCCUACCUCCAGUUGAUUGACAUCACUAAGGCGCCUUUGUGUAGAAGUACACACCAGCAUCGUUGUAGUAGAGUAUAAACCUCUUCCUGUGCCGGAUCUUGAAAGUUAUAAUGUUUGCAAUGUUAAAAUCUUUUGCAAUUACACACCAAUGACACAGUCUAAAUAAUAUCUGCUUGUGGAAAAUUUAUGAUCUUGAAGGUUUCAAUACAUGAAUUUGUGUUAACAUGAUCCAGAAUAUACUAGCAUUAGCAUAGGUGAAGCAGCUAACUUCUUUCCCCCCAAAUGUAAUUCGGCAAAAUAAUAAAAUACUACAUCCAGAUUUUUCUAUUACAUCAUUUGAAAAUUAUUAGUCUGCUUAAUGAAAACUUGUUUGGGGAUAAAUGAGCAGUUAAGAUAUAAACUAUUUAUGAAUGCUGUGACUUAGUCUGUGGACUUAUUCCAAAAUUACUUAGUCACCAUGCAGUAUGUGUAUUUUUUAUAUUUGUAUUCAGAUAUACUUAAUGAUUAUAAUACCUAAAAAUAAUGAGGUGUAACUACAUUAUUCCUAAUAAUAGGAAUAUUGCUUCUAAGUGUCAAUAAAGAGUAACAUUGCUCUCUUCAA